CUACACCCUGAGUGCCGUACAGCCGGGGACUCUUUACUGCUCAAACUCACAUUAGAGAAGGGGGCGUGCAGGACAGGACGGGACUCUCACAAAUAUACUGUAACCGCAAAAGACUGUCAGUCCCGUCUUUUCAGAGCAAGUGUCGUGUGGGAGCGUUUGAAACCAGAAGGCGAACAUGUCGUGGCAGAGCUACGUGGAUAACCUGAUGUCGGAUGGCAGCUGCCAGGACUCCGCCAUUGUUGGGUGCAACUCGGACUCAAAAUACGUGUGGGCAGCGCAGGAGGGAGGGACGUUCAUAAACAUCACGCCAACAGAAAUCGACGUCCUAGUAGGGAAAGACCGAGAAAGUUUCUUCACCCACGGCCUGACCUUAGGUUCAAAGAAGUGCUCGGUUAUCCGGGACAGUCUCCAUGUCGACAGUGACUGGACGAUGGACAUAAGGACGAAGAGUCAAGGAGGAGAGCCAACAUACAACAUUACUGUCGGGAAAGCUGCCAAAGCAUUGGUUAUAGUCAUGGGCAAGGAAGGUACCCAUGGAGGGCUGCUCAACAAGAAAGCGUAUCAAAUGACUGAAUACCUGAGGAAAUCUGGAUAUUAAGACACCCGCCCAUCUAGCCGCUCAUUCCUACCAACACUAACCUUUCUAGGAGAGAUUUGCUUAAUCAUUUAUUUGUUUUCAACUCUAAUUUCUUUUUCUACCCAAACCCAUCCUUUCCCCCAUUACUUUAUAACCCCGUCCCAUAUAUGUCCAUUUAUUGUGUUCGUUCCCAUAUUGCUAAACAUGAUGCAUUUGAGACUAAAUGUAAGUCUAAUUUCUGCUUAUUCAUGAAACAAAAACAAACAUUUUGGGUGUUUAGUUUAUUACCAAGGGCUUGAGCUAAACUAAAAUUCCCUUUCCUAGAUCAAAUCUGGGAAAGGUCGAGUGUGUAUACAUAUCUUUGAAUGGACCUUAGUCAGGAUGGGCGGCACUUUUAAUUUGACGCCAAAUUAAAUAUGCCGUCUGCGCUAACAAAUGUCCAUUUCUUUAGUUUUCCCUCAACCCAAAGUGUCUCGUCAACUCUACCUGUAGAUGUGACGCUUCCUGAUUCGUAUCCUUUUCCCUUUCCCUUUCCCUUUCCCUUUCCCUUCACUAUUUAAGAGCUCGACCUCCCAAUCCAUGAAUGCUAGCGCGAGCUAGCAUUCAUGGAUUGGGAGGUCGAGCUCUUAAAUAGUUGGCGGUCCAUUGAGUGCAGUGAUUUUUGGGCUUCGGUAGCAUUUUCUCCCAUCAACCCCAUAUUGAAUGUUCAUGGACAUUCCGUCAUUGCACUUGUUUUGCUAGCUUAUGUAAUAUAUAUAUUUUUUAUUUUCACAACGACUGCCAUUUGAGACGGUGUAGGCGCUUGGAGUAUACCGUUUGAAUUCUUUCAUUUGGACCAAUUUUCGCCAUUGCUUGGGUUAUUUACACACUACGUUGACCAACAAAACACUAGCAUCUGGUCUUGUUUUGCCAGCUCUUUCAACACUUGAAUUGAAUUUAACCCAUGAAUGAAUUGUCAUGACUGUGGGAUAAAUUGCCUUCGAGUCAUGUCUGUUAAAACUUGAUGUUUUAUCGAGUCCAAAUGUAUAACACUCACUCCAAUCGUAAUGUGUAUUCUGUGCCAUAAUGUAGAGCGAAUCUGUUACUAUUAUUGAUUCAGACGCUUCCCAAACGAUUCUAUCAGUUCUUGGUUCAGGGGUUUUUAGUAUCUGCAGAAGUUCUGGCCUUGUGGGAGAUUUGUACAGGUUCAAAACCUCUCGACUACAGUUCAUUUCUUGUUUCCCUGUACUUUUUUCAUACAUCUUGGAUACAGUCUGAUUUCAUAUGCAUAAACCAAGAAAUGCCAUAAAUUAAUCUCACCACCUUGUUUACAGACAAAUUAAAUAAAUCUAUUCCAACCAAA